CACAAAUGAGUCAUGGAAUUCAGAGAUGCUGUGAAAACAUGACAAUGGGUUUUUAUUUGGGCAGACUAUCUCAGGGACAAAGCCAAAAACGCAUUCUAAAAGGAAAGAAUGCGUUAUAUGCUGCAUAGACUGAAGAAUUGCUUAAAGCAGGAGUUUAACUGUUUAGUUUCACCUUGUAUUUAGUUUUACUUGGCAGGCAUAUAGUACUCCUGUUCUUGUGCUAAAAACCUGCUUUAGCUGAUGGCUUUCAAAACAUCUUACAGAUUGAAUACUGAAAAGUGUGGAGUGCACAUGCAUUCAGUCACCCUGAACCUCUGGCUAUAUUAACAGCGUCGCUCUCUGCUGGAGGGUGAACCUCAGACACCCACCAGGUUGGUUGGAGAGUUUCUAAAAUCAUAAAUCUUUAAAUCUGGUAAUUAGGUGUAGGUGUAGACUUCAGCUAAGUGAUUCUAACAUAUAGCUCUACUGUGAUCUUCUGACAAGCUUUCUUGUACUUAUCAAGAAAAGCAUCCCUAUACCAAUAAAACACGGUGUUUUAUUGGGAUUGUGUUUGCAACAUAACAAAAUGCUAAUCAAUGCACAUGUUCUCAUUAGAAAUCAUUUUCUUGUGUUUGCAAAUCAUAAGGAGACUGCUUGGUGCACAAAGCACUUCCUCUUCUUGAGAGACAUUUACUGGACAGAGACAUGAAAGGCAAAUCAGGUCAGCAUGACUCAGAACAUGAGACACAGGGGAGGACUCGAAAGAGGGAAAGAGGCAAGGUCAGACAACUCCUUGCUGGAAAAAAGCGAUGACCAUGCCCGAGUUUUGCCUCUCAGCACACACAGACAGCCAGCUCAUUGCUUCUGUCAGCCACUGCAGAAGAAAAAGACGAAUCAGCGCUCUUUCUGGUCCAGGAUCGUCCCUCCCUUCCACUGCCUCCCUCCACCUCUCUGUGCUGUUCCCACUGCUUCUCAGUGGUGGGAUGCUCUGCAGUGCUGCACACCAAAGUGACAGCAGCCGCUUAGCUUUUACUAACGGAGCAGAAAGGAACUGCUGCAUCAUUCAGCUUUGACAGGAGUUGGAUGGGUGAUUCCUCAACAUGCUCACAUCUCUGUUUCUAAGUGGGAUACUUGGAGUGCUGCUGAUCCCAGUGCAACCUCAGCUAAUCUCUGUGUGCUUGGAAGAGGAUGAGGACCUGAGAGUUGACUGCCGGAUCGAGCCCAAGCCCAACAAAAUCAACAGCUACGAGUUCUCCUGGUCAUCUAGAACCAAGGAGGCCCUGAUCAACACGAAUGUUUCCGGCUCGGCUGCAGAGGCCCAGUUCAGAGACAAAAGCGAAGUGGUGGAGCUUGAUCCCCACGGCUAUAGGAUGACCCUGAAAGGCUUCACAAACACACUCCCACACAACACCACCUACAUGUGUAAAAUAUCUGGGCAGGUUGAGAGUAUCAACGUGGAGAAAGAACAACUGCAGCCUUGCUCAGCUGUCAGCCUGUUUCUGAAGAGCUCGUGGUCCUGGAUCGUCCCCCUGCUGAUCUUCCUCUUUCAUACACACUGCUGAAUAAAAUGUGACACCCUAGCUUGUGCCUAUCUACACACAAACAAACCCAGCCCUGCUUCUGUCUACAUACAGAUCCAUCAACACAACAGCUUUAGGUUUUAUCGCUGUUAUGGCAUUAGAAUGCUUUCAUCGAGGAAGAUGACUCAAGACGCUCUGAGACCUUUUGCCUUCAGAACUGCACAAAUCUUUUGUGUAUUGUAAUGCACUGCAAAAACUUGCAUAUGUGAAUAUAUAGUGAUGGAGCUCUGGUUUUCAAUAAAAGAAUGCUAAAUAUAUAGUCAAA